UAAUAAACAUAAAAAUGGCAUCUUGGUUUUCUCAACUUACAAGCACAGUUACAAAUAUUGCUGGUCUUACAGAAGAAGGUACUGUCAAGACACCAGCACAAACGGCUAAAGAUGGACAAUAUUAUAGCGAGUUAACUCCUAAAGACUAUGAAUGGACAUUAGCUUCUGGUUCAGCAACAGAAAACCAAAUCUUUUACAUGACUACUAAAACAGGUGGUUUUAUGUUUGUUCAAUUGAUUUAUUCUGCUAUUGGUCUUUGGAAUCCUACUGUCUCCUUUAUUUGUCGUUAUUAUGACCCUAACACAAAUACCAAUAUUUUUAAAAACUUGAACCAAUCUUAUGUCUUUAAACUUUCUGAUGAUCGUCGUUCAGUAAAGACAGAAUUCUUUAAUAUUACGUUGGAUCCUACUUUGAGUACCUUUAAGAUUUCCAUCACACAUCCAGAUGUUAUCGUUGAUUUAGAUUUUAAACGUAUUGACAAAGGAUUCAAAGUAGGAGAAGGCAAGACUUAUUUGGGAGGACAAGAUCAAAGUACAGCUGCUGGUAUUGUCUCACAUAAAUUUUGGCCACGAUGUGAUGCAAAGGGUACGAUGAUUAUUGAUAAGGAAUUGCAUGAAAUAGAAGCCAAGGGUAUGUUUAUUCAUGCUAUUCAAGGUAUUCAACCCCAAUUGAUUGCUUCUAAAUGGAACUUUAUCAAUUUCCAAGCUGAGGAUGCAGCACUUUCGAUGAUGCAAUUCACGACUACUAAACAAUAUGGUGCAGUUGAAGUAAAUCAAGGGUCAAUUGUAGUCAAGGAUAAAUUGAUGAGUGUAUGUGUCGAUAAUCAUGUUGAAUUAUUAGACCUAGAAAAGGAUAAUGAAACUGAAUAUGAGAUUCCUCGACGUGUCCGAUUAACAUGGAAAGGACAAACACUUCAAGAAAAGGAAGGAGAUGAAGUGAAGGAUGUUACUGUUAGUAUGACGGUUACGGUUAAGAACUUGAUUGAUAAAAUUGACAUCUUGUCUGAAAUUCCAUGGUUCCUUAAAAAGCUUGUACAAACAUUUGUUGUCAAGCCAUAUAUUUAUCAAUGGAUUGAUGAAGCUACAGCUGAAAUUACAAUUGGCGAUGAAACGUUUUCUUUCCCUGGUCAAUGUUAUCAAGAGCUUGUUUUUGUAUCUGGUUUUUAAAACCCUUCUUUCUAUGAACACCAUUUUUAUAUAAUCAUAUAAAAAAAAAAGAAAAAAAAA